AUGCCGCUCGGAAAAUUCGGAAAGAUAACACUUUCGUGGAUAGCUGUAACAGUAACGAGCUUAUCACUUUUUGUGGUGGCUAAAAACUAUGUUAAUGAAAGGCGUAUUGAGAAUAUGAAAGCCCGUGAACGAAUGCGCAAAUCUAACGAAGGAGAGUACCCAGACCUGUAUAGAAAGCUGUUUGUUAAUAUUGAACUCAAUAAGUAA